ACUUGGCUAUGCUUUGUUUACAGGAGUUAUGGAUAACGAACGUUUUUAUUAACUGGUUUGGCCAAGGGUGGCCAAGCCUUUGAUUUUGGGGGGCAGUUCUGCCAUUUCACCAAGAGUUUGUUUUCUACCAUAAGUUUUUUAGAAACUUCAGCGAAGCAACGUGUCGACCGAUUGCGCAAUACGGCAGACACAAACCAGCUUUGUUUACUCGUUGUGAGAGGCUUCUACAUCGAUGUGGAAAUUCAUCGUGCGUUAUUUAAACAUUGUGAAAUCAUCACUCGCGUUGUUGCGUAAUACACCAAGAGAACUUCGGACAAAUUGUUACGAUUAGAACAUUCACUGUGAAUUCAUUUCUGCUGUGUGAGUGUCACAAACUUUUGGUUAACUAUUCUAUACUUUCAAAUUUUCAAUGAACGUACAACGUUCCUCACCCAUAUCAAUAAGGGAUGAUAGCUCUAGCAGCAGUUCAUUUGACAGUGCUGCAGGCAGUCCUGUCAUUUUGCCUGAAAGAACUCGACAUGAUACAAUAUCUCGAGUAAAGUCAUCUCUGGACUUUCAUAGAACGAGAACAAAUAGUAUUUCUCCAGGAUUAGCUUCACCUACACCACCAACCUUCAUUCCUGAUGGCUCUCACAGAGUCUCGCAUAUUGGAAAAUAUCUCUUGGUAGAACACAUUGAAGGACACAACACUGGAAAUGUAUUUCGUGCUGUUGACUACAACACGGAAGAGGAAUUCAUUUGUAAGGUAUACAAGCGUGCUGAUUACAUGAAAGUGGUUGAUGGGUAUUUUCGAGUCGCACCCCAUCCUCAUAUCAACAGUGUGGUAGAUGUUGUUGUAGGCCCUACAAAUGCUUACUUGUUUUUCCUUCCUGGUGUUCCUAUGCAGAAUCAACAGAAUGUUCCAGAAGAAGGAGCGACUGGUUUUCAUGCUGAGAACUUGCAUAGCUACGUUCGGUCAAAACAACGUUUGCAGGAAGUUGCAGCUGCUCCUUUGUUCAAACAAGUAGUUUCUGCCGUUGCACACGUACAUAAGAACAAUAUUGUGCUUCGGGACCUCAAGCUGCGGAAGUUUAUUUUUCGGGACAUGGAAAGAACUGAGUUGAUGCUUGAGAGUCUUGAGGAAGCAUGUGUGCUGGAGGAUGAUGAUGACAAUAUGACAGAUAGGCAUGGUUGCCCCGCAUAUGCCAGUCCUGAGAUUCUAUCAUGUUCAGCUGUUCUUGCUUGCUCCAACACUUUGUCUAAAAGUGCACCCAGCAAGAAACAGUGUGUUGGUUAUAGUGGGAAGGCAUCGGAUGUGUGGAGUCUUGGAGUUAUGCUUUACACAUUACUUGUUGGUCGGUAUCCCUUCCAUGAAUCCGAUCCCCGAGCUUUGUUUGUGAAAAUCAGCCGAGGCCAUUUUUCCCUUCCCGACACUCUUUCUUCUGAAGCUCGAAAUUUGAUUCGAAGCCUUCUGAAGAAAAAUCCGUCUGAGCGUUUAUCAUCACAAGAAAUUCUUGACCACCCGUGGUUAAAACGAUUGGGUAAUUGUUGGGAUGUACCACGCUCUGCUGUUGCGUUAGGUAGCGGUGGUGACCAUAGACACGCCAUUAAACAUCCACUUCCAUUCGGUCGACAUAGUGGUGGACACUCACUCCCAUUAUCAUUGUACUCCACACCUUACUAUGAUGACCAGAUGGUUCCUGAUGUGGCAACAACAUCAACCUCGGAGGAGGAACAUGAUGAAAUAUUUACAUUCGGAGAGUAAUUCACUUGUUAAACUAAACAUAUUCAACAGUCCUCAGUUCAGUAGAUUUUAUACUGCCGUUAAAGUAUUUGCUCAAACAAGCCAUUAAGGUGUACCUCUGUUUCAAAGUCUUUGUAAUCAUCUGCGUAUGAUACAAAACUUAACAACCAGAUGCUUUAAAUAUUACAUACAGUAGGAAACAGCUGCACAUUUGUUUCAAACUUUACCUAAAUUAUUUAAUUGGUUGUGUUUACCAAAGAAUAACAUUUAAAAAUAAUUUCUAAUGUAAGAGAAAUUUUAUCGUGUUAAAUUUUUUGAAAUUAUUGUCCUGACAAAUAUUUAAGUAAAACGUUUAAAACUAGGUGCAAGUUAAGUUCCCACUAUUCACAUCAAUAUGCUGAAAACCCAUUUUGGUUUUUGAACUAAUUAAAUUGCGAUAUAUAGAAUCUAAUACAGGUAGUAAGGUUUACUGGUGUCUCCGUAUUCUGCUCCAUGUGUUUGUAUAUCACACGGAAUUUUAGAUUUUUAUACGGUUUCUUUGAAAUACAUUUUUUGUGCCUUCUUUCCAGUGCACCAACAAGUUACAAUUUUCCACUAAAAUAAAUCGUUGAAACUUUUUUUCGUCAACUGAAAUUUUUACCAUGCCGUUGGAAAUAGAUUUGUGCAGAUCGUUAAUCCAGUAAAAAUAAACAUCGGUUUGAUAA